AUGCCUCCUAUCAAACAUUAUUCAUCUAGUGAAGUGAAUCAGUAUGAAUUAUCAUCGAGAUUAUUGUCCUUAACUGAAAAUAACACGUCAUAUACUUUAACACAAAUUAAUGGACAAAGAAUUUAUAGGAAGGCUCCUCAUGCUUGGAAUGGACCUGAACCAUCUAGAAGUUGUGAGGUGUUUAUCGGUAGAAUUCCCCACGACUGCUUCGAAGAUACGCUGGUACCUUUAUUCCGACAGGCGGGCGAAUUAUUCGAGUUUCGUCUUAUGAUUAACUUUUCGGGUUGGAAUAGAGGGUACGCAUUCGCGAUGUACACUACGGAUGCUGAAGCGAGUAACGCGAUCAGAAUGUUCAAUAACUAUAUGAUUAGACCGUCAUGGCAAUUGGGCGUGUGCCCGUCGAUCAACAACUGCCGCAUAUUCAUCUCGCGCAUCCCGGCCACGACUGCGUCCGCGGAGAUCGUGCGGCUGCUGUACGCGCUGACGGACGAGGUGCAGGAAGUGCGCAUCCGGCGCUCGGCCGCGUCGUGCGCCGCCAUCGUGGAGUACCGGUCGCACCGCGGCGCCGCCAUGGCGCGCAAGGCGCUGGUGGCGGCGGCCGCGGCGGCCUGGGGCGGCGGCGCGCGCCCCGCCGUCGACUGGUCGCUGCCGCAGUCGCCGCAGCUGCUGCGCCAGUACCGCGAGAUUGGCCGCUGGAGCCCCGAACGUGGCGUGGAGCUGACGCGUGCUCCGGAUGACGGCGCGGGCUCGCCGCCGCCCGCUGCACCGUCCUACACGCUGGAGCCCUGGUCGCAAGCGCGGCGCUUGCGCAUGAUCCACGAGGCGCAGCGCAGCGCCGCCGCGCACAGCGAGUGGUCCAACCGCAUGUCGAACGGCGUGGAGUCGCUGAUGACGUCGAUGUCGUCGCUGAACCUGAACGGCGGGCUGGGCUGGGAGGGCGGCGAGCGCGCGGUGUGGUCGCCGGCGAGCGCGCCGGGCGGGCUGAGCGCCGCGGCCUCGAGCCUGGGCCUCGCCGGCCCGGGGGGCCCGCACCACGCCCUCCACUCCCCGCGCACCCCAUGCUCCCCGCGCACCCCAUGCUCGCCGCCGCGCGACUUCAACCCGUGGACCGCACGCCACCCGCUGUACGAGUUCAUCACUCACAACAAGCAUGAGUGA